CUGCCGAUGGCCUAACCGAUUAUUCGGACAACCAUAACGAAUUGUUGAACCCAGGCGAGAAGUUUUUCAAACGGCAGACUGUUGGGGAGACUUUGAAGGAGGUACGUUACGAUGUGAUAUCACCGGUGUUGGGAGUGGUUGGCUGAUGGUUGAUUGGGCUACCCAGGUGGGAUUCAAGCUAUAGUGACUUCGAACAGCAGCUCAUUUGCUUGCUCUCGUCCUCGCAAGGCUGCGACGGGAUGACAUGACUAUCCGGCCGAGUACCAAAUUUCUCUUUUUCUUUGGGGUCGCCAGUGCAUGUGUAGAGAUUAUGUCGUGGACUCGCGCCCGGAAGAUGUAUUCCGUUUAUUUGAUGUAGGGAAUGAAUUUUCACGGUCAAAACAGAUUAAGUCGCGAUCUCCAGGAAGCCACGUUGCGAGUGGCAUCAGUAACAUUCCUUUUGAUUGAGUUCGGCGAAUAUCCACCCGCUGCAGAAGCGAGAAACCCAAAAGGAGAACCAGGCGUGCAGGUGCCAAAGUGUCACCUGCAACCGCAUGGUUCAGCGUCGAAGAUUCGUGUGCAACCGCUCCGAUCGCAUGUAUAUGCGAAUGUAUCCUGCAGAGGCUGGACCCCUGCCUACCGAUCGCGGGAAGGGUGGAUGUCAGGCUUGCCCAUGGCUACGACACGGUAUGAACACGCGAACACGAGCGGCAAUGCCGGGGAAUGGGAGCGGUAUUCCAUCUCCUAUCCUCUCAAUGAUCGCGUGACGGCACGAAUCCAGGCUCUCGUCGCGCAUGUUCGUGUCCACUUAAAACGCUGGAGAGAAUACAAGCACAUGUGAAUUUAGCCGACACAAUCCCUUGCUCGGGCGCUGGCAAGCU